GUAAAUGCCAGAAAAAUCUUCAUUGAACCACGGUAACGACUUGAUGCAUAACUCCCUUUCCCCACUUAGUUCCCUAAGACACCAUCUCUUCCCCGAACUUCUAGGUAGAUCAAAGAGUCGAGAAAAUGCGGGAUUGGUGAUUGCAAGGUUUUGGGGGCAUUGGGAUGUUGGCGUCACAGGUUGUGUGAGGAAGGUAUCUCGUCAUGGACAUACCGGUCGAUCGGGAUUGACGUAGCACGCGGCAUACCUGCACACGAGUGGGGAACAAAGCGUACAUAUGUAAACUAAUCCUAAAAAGGGAGUGUCGUAUUGCACGGACCACAGCUUCUUCCUUCGUUUGACAACUCUGAUAUGGACCACACCACUGAGACGAGUUGCAGUUUAUGUGUUGUCCACUUGGAUGACAUCUGUCUGUACUUCC